GUUGCUUGAGACUUUUGAAAGCUAGCAAAAAAGAGGCUGUCAGGUAGCUAGUGGACCAUACACGCCGGCGAAAUACUUUUGGGACGCCAAAAGCUUGAAACGUGCACCAUGGAGCUGAAUGAUAUUAACCUUCAAACUCUCACAGAGUUUCUCCGCAAAACUCUGGACCCAGAUCCAGCAGUACGACGGCCUGCUGAGAAGUUCCUGGAGUCUGUUGAGGGAAGCCAGAACUAUCCCAUCUUACUUCUUACGUUGCUGGAGAAGUCUCAGGACAACGUGAUCAGGGUCUGUGCAGCCGUCACCUUCAAGAAUUACAUCAAAAGGAACUGGCGCAUAGUUGAGGAUGAACCAAACAAAAUCUCGGAUCCAGAUCGAACCACCAUCAAGGCCAACAUUGUCAAUCUGAUGUUGAGCAGCCCUGAACAGAUUCAGAAACAGUUGAGCGAUGCCAUCAGCAUCAUCGGCAGAGAGGACUUCCCCCAGAAGUGGCCUGACCUCCUGACCGAAAUGGUCACUCGCUUCCAGAGCGGAGACUUCCACAUUAUCAACGGGGUUCUCCGCACCGCACACUCGCUCUUCAAGAGGUAUCGCCACGAGUUCAAGUCCAAUGAGCUGUGGCUGGAGAUCAAGCUGGUGCUGGACACGUUUGCCCUCCCUCUGACAGAACUGUUCAAAGCCACCAUUGAGCUGUGUCAGACCCACGCUACAGACAUCAACGCUUUGAAGGUCCUCUUCUCCUCCCUCACGCUCAUCUCCAAACUCUUUUACAGCCUUAACUUCCAGGACCUUCCAGAGUUCUUUGAGGACAACAUGGAGACCUGGAUGUCCAAUUUCCACAACUUGCUGACUUUGGACAACAAGCUGUUACAAACGGAAGAUGAAGAAGAGGCAGGGCUUCUGGAGCUGCUGAAGUCUCAGAUCUGUGACAACGCUGCUCUGUACGCUCAGAAGUACGACGAGGAGUUCCAGCCGUACUUGCCUCGCUUCGUCACGGCCAUCUGGAACCUUCUGGUGUCCACGGGGCAGGAGGUCAAAUAUGACUUGCUUGUGAGCAAUGCCAUCCAAUUCCUGGCAUCUGUGUGUGAGAGACCCCACUACAAGCAUCUUUUUGAAGACCAGAACACACUUACCAGCAUCUGUGAGAAGGUCAUUGUGCCCAACAUGGAGUUCAGAAGUGCCGACGAGGAGGCCUUCGAGGACAACUCGGAGGAGUACAUCCGGAGGGAUCUAGAAGGAUCAGACAUCGACACCCGGCGCCGGGCGGCGUGUGACCUGGUGCGAGGCCUGUGCAAGUUCUUCGAGGGCCCCGUCACGGCCAUCUUCUCGGGCUACGUCAACUCCAUGCUGGGAGAGUACGCCAAGAGCCCCGGGGCCAACUGGAAGCACAAAGACGCGGCCAUCUACCUCGUCACCUCUCUGGCCUCCAAGGCCCAGACGCAGAAGCACGGCAUUACACAAGCGAAUGAGUUGGUGAAUCUCACCGAAUUCUUUGUGAACCACAUCCUCACCGACCUGAAGUCCCCCAACGUGAAUGAGUUCCCGGUGUUGAAGGCGGACGCCAUCAAGUACGUCAUGAUCUUCAGAAGUCAGCUCCCCAAGGAGCAGCUGCUCCAGGCCGUCCCCCUGCUGGUGGCCCACCUGCAGGCAGAGAGCACGGUGGAACACACCUACGCUGCCCACGCCCUGGAGAGGCUCUUCACCAUGAGGGGCCCCAACAACUCCACACUUAUCACUGCUGCUGAGAUGGCCCCGUUCACGGAGCAGCUGCUCAACCACCUGUUCAAGUCCUUGGCUCUCCCCGGCUCCGCCGAGAACGAAUACAUCAUGAAAGCCAUCAUGCGGAGCUUCUCCCUGCUGCAGGAAGCCAUCGUUCCGUACGUCCCCACCCUGAUUGGCCAGCUCACUCACAAGCUCCUCCUCGUCAGCAAGAACCCCAGCAAGCCUCACUUCAACCACUACCUGUUUGAGUCGCUGUGCCUGUCCAUCAGGAUCACCUGCAAGGCCAAUCCUGCCACCGUGAGCAGCUUUGAGGAGGCCCUCUUCCCAGUCUUCACCGAGAUCCUCCAGAGUGACGUCCAGGAGUUUGUGCCCUACGUGUUCCAGGUGAUGUCCCUGCUCCUGGAGAUCCACUCCAGCUCCAUCCCCGAGUCCUACAUGGCCCUGUUCCCCCACCUGCUGCAGCCCGUCCUGUGGGAGCGAACGGGCAACAUCCCCCCUCUGGUGCGCCUGCUCCAGGCCUACCUCGAGAAGGGAGGCGUCACCAUCGCCAACUCUGCCGCCGAUAAAAUACCCGGUCUGCUCGGAGUGUUCCAGAAGCUAAUUGCCUCCAAGGCCAACGACCACCAAGGUUUCUACCUGCUCAACAGCAUCAUCGAGCACAUGCCAACGGAGUCCAUUACUCAGUACAGGAAGCAGAUAUUCAUCCUGCUGUUCCAAAGGCUGCAGAGCUCCAAGACCACCAAGUUCAUCAAGAGUUUCCUAGUCUUUAUCAACCUGUACUGUGUCAAGUACGGAGCCAUCGCUCUUCAGGAGAUAUUCGACAGCAUCCAGCCAAAGAUGUUUGGCAUGGUGCUGGAGAAGAUCAUCAUCCCUGAGGUGCAGAAGGUGUCUGGGCCAGUGGAGAAGAAGAUCUGUGCCGUGGGCAUCACCAAGGUCCUGACGGAGUGCCCCGCCAUGAUGGACACCGAGUACACCAAGCUCUGGACCCCGCUCCUCCAGGCUCUGAUUGGUCUGUUCGAGCUCCCCGAGGAUGACAGCAUCCCCGACGACGAGCACUUCAUAGACAUCGAGGACACGCCCGGUUACCAGACGGCCUUCUCCCAGCUCGCCUUCGCUGGCAAGAAGGAGCAUGACCCCAUAGGAGAGGCUGUCAGCAACCCCAAGAUCCUGCUGGCCCAGUCCCUCUACAAGCUCUCCACGGCCUGCCCUGGACGGGUUCCCUCCAUGCUGAGCACCAGUCUGAACUCGGAGGCGCUCCAGUACCUCCAGGGCUACCUGCAGGCUGCCACCGUGCAACUGGUCUGAUGCCGGCCCCCCUGACGGUCACCACCACUUCAAGACCAGGAUGCACCGCACAGGAAGUGUGCAGCUUGUGACUCCAUCGCGGUGCCACAUUGGGACUGGGACUGACUGCUACAGACCUGAGUGAACGAAAGACUGACCAAACACACUCAUGAUGGACACCCGAACUGUGCGACCGACGGGCUCAUCUAGUACUUAUUGGGAUUUUAAAGGGUUUUAAGUGGACUAUCGAAACAGAAAGAAGCGGAUCUGAAGUUUCCCAUAUCGAGCUCCUCAUUGAACAACACUUUUUUUCUUUGUUAUGGGAUGGUGUGUUUUUCACCCAUAAAAUAAUGCUUGCUGUGGUAAAGGCAAGUUGUUUGAGGCUGGCUUCAUUAACACGAUUUCAAACAUCAUGUUUGGUAGGACUAGUCGACCUUGUUAACAACCAUCACCCAUAUAGCUGCUGCCUCGGUUGACCUGGUGGUGACACAAGCCUCUUCAGCAGAAUCAAAGCAGAAGUGUUUCCUUUGUCCUUGUUUUUCAACCGUUUGAACUUCUUGGUCUUCACGGCUAUUGAAGCUUGUAGAUGUUGCUUCGCCCAAUACACAAAGCUCAAUUUUUUGUUAUCGUUGCAUGUUCUUGUAGUGUUGUCUUUUUCUGUCUGGUCUUAGUUUCUGCACUGUCUACGAAUGUGAAUAAAAAGAGACACUUGUAUACGA